CAUCAGUGUUGACUUUACAGUUCAUAAGACAAGAGGAGUGUCCGUCCUGUGUGUGUGCAUGUGUGUGUGUGUGUGUGUGUGUGUGUGUGUGUGUGUGUGUGUGUGUGUUUGUGUGUGUGUGUGUGUGUGUGUGUGUGUGUGUGUGUGUGUGUGUGUGUGUGUGUGUGUGUGUGUGUGUGUGUGUGUGUGUGUGUGUGUCUUUAAGCAGCUCAAACAGCUCAGUGUUUGUUCAGUCUGUCAAUGAGUAAACCUGCAGAAGGAACACCUCCCCACACACACACACACACAUACACACACACACACACACACACACACACACACACACAGACUCUGAGCUCACAGCUGUCACAGGGAUCAUGGCGGCAGUCGGAGCCGGUGUCAGUGGGGUCAUCGGGUCGUGGUCCCUGUCCUCAGGAGUCAUCGGGUCCUUCAUCCUCCUCCUCCUCCUCUCCAUCUUCCUCUCGGCUCUGUGCAGCGAGUGCAGCAGACGUUCAUUUGAGCUUCAGGAUUCAGAGAGUGACGCAAAUCCUUCAACUCUGAUCAGUGUGGUGAAACUUGAGGAAACUUUAACAUCGAGAGACAAUCCUGUGAUCAGCGAGAUUCAAAACGAUGAAAAAGAUUUUCGUCCUUCUGAAGGAAACUUAGUCUCGUUCCCUCCCUGGAAGAGCCACCUGGGGGCGUCACAGAACGGCCAAGAUGUUCUGACCAAUGGCAGUGCAGCAGCGAUGGAAACAUCUCCUGCUGCUGAGUCCAGGGCUGUGGAGGAAAACUCAGACCAGUUCACGACGUGGAGGAGCCACCUGAGGGCGCCAGAGCAACAAGACUCCAACCACAUCUACCAUUCCAUCGGAGGAGGGCGGACCGACAGCAACACAGUGACACCGAGGACCAAUCCUGACCAGGAGGGCGGCGACAGAGCUCGUCCUGAUGCAAAGACGUUGGAAUUUAGUGACAUAAAUUCAGUUUAUGCUCAAGUCAGCAGGAAGGUGAGACAGGCUCCGCCCCCUGUCCAGACACCUGUGGUGGCACAGGUGAGGGAGGGAGAGGAAGGGGAGGAGCCUUCACCUCCACUGCCUGACAGAGAGACGGAGGGAUGAUGGAGAGAGGGACGGCAGCUAGAGGACAGAAAAAUUAAAGACUAAAGACAAAAAAGAUAAACAUGAGAAACAAUGGAUAUCAGCAAAAAAUGGAUUGAUAAGACUGAAAAUUACAGGAAAUGAACAACGAGGGAUAAAUAAAGAAAAAGGAUGUAGACGAAACAUUCCAGAUGAAAGUCGAGGAGAAGGGAUGAGACACAAAGGAAGAGAAGAGACAAAUGAAGGACAAUGAAUGGAGGAAAAAAUAAAGGAUGAAGGACACAUGCAGGACGUGAACAUGAGACAGAGACGUGUAAAUCACAACUCAAUGUAAAUAUGAAAUUAUUUGGAUUAAAAAGGGAUGAAACCAGCUUUAAAUCAGAGCCUUGAUUUCCCAUAAUGCAAAUACAGCUUUUUCAUUGGCUGAGAGAUCGUCACAUUUAUGUGUAAAGUAGUGGAACAGCCCUUUAAAGUUUUAUAAUAUAUAUCAUCAUUAAACGUUUCCUUUGAUUUC